ACCAUAUUUUACUGCUGUUUUAGAGAUGUUAUGACAGACCAAUGUUAUCCGACCUUGCUUCAGUAAUUCCGGGGAUAGGUGGAGAUGAGAAGAAAGAUGAGGAAGGAGAUGUACUUCUAAAUGAGAACCCSAACGUACCUGUUGGAUUGCUUGCUAUUCGUGUGUUUGGAUGUACCAAUCUUUACCUGGACAAAGAAAUCAUUCCAGAUCACUACGGCUUGUAUGCUGACAUCACAAUUGGGUUUUCAUCUAAGUGUACAUCAGUGCAGUCYUGCUUUAAGAAAGGAAAAGUUAUUUGGGAUGAAGUUAAAAACUUUUCUGUUGCAGUAUCUCCUAAAAUAAGCAGUGGUUUGAAUAAAGUCCACAUUGCUAUAAUUGGAUUUGAUAAACAACAAACAAGACCAAAGUACAGACUUCUGGGAAAAAUUGAAUUUCAUUUGCACAAAAUUGUGAAGAAACAGUGGUCCAUGGAUUCAUUUGAGCUGCAGAACAAGAAAAAGAGGUAUGCUGGUGACAUCAGUAUAGAGUUUGCUUUUGCAUAUGGUACAUUUGGCUAUGGCUUAUCGGAACAGAUUGACAAUGUYCACACUCCAAAAGAAGUKGUAGAACAGAGUGCAUUUCCAAGACUUGACCCACCAGGGACUAAAUUGAAUGUAUUAGGUGUGUCCAGCAUUCCACAAAAAGUCACACACCCCAAGUUUAUUCCAUUUACUGUCAAAGUUCUUAAUUUGGAGCCUGAUAUCAGUCYAACCUAUGAGCUCAGGACUGUCCCACUUGAUAUUUUUAAGACAAGACCUGCUAUGGAUCAAAAGAUAACAAGGCUAAAGCAGUCGUGUGCAGACUAUGCAAAACUCACUUCAAGGGUUAAAAGAAUCAGUUAUCUGAAAAAGAUGAUGUCAAAAGAGGAAACCGCACAUAGUACGUUGUAUGAGAUUGUUGAACAGGAGUCAGACUCUGAUGAUGAAGAAGAAGGAGCCAACAUUGGACUAAAGGAGGCUCUUGCACAAAUGGCACACAUGUCAUUUCUAGGUGGUGAUCUAGCAAACAACAAGCAAGGUGACAAGAUGUCUGCCAUUGCUGAAGAAAAUACAGACAGAGUAGAGACAGAAAACCAGCCAUUGACAGAACAAACUGAAAUGAGCACACUGCAUGGUGGUCCAUCAACUUAAUACUGAAACACACAUAAAGAUCGCCAGUCCAAGAAGAAAUUUGUGAGGAAGACAACGAUUUCUUGGAAUUUUAGGCAAGACACCACAGUAGCAAGUAAACACGUUUGAAAUAUGUUUUGUGAUUGACUUUUUGUUGAUAACUGUCAUUUCAUUUGAUAUUGAGUGAACUGCUUCGUGAAAAACUGUUCGAUUAAACUAUAUCUGUGCGUUUACACGUAUUGAACAAAUGUACUAGAUGGGGACUGACUUAAAACAGCCCACCGCAUCGUUAGUUUUCGACCCACAGUGGGUCAUYGACGUCCUAUCUCUUUGAAAAUGUUCUUAUUAGGUGGCGUUGUCGCACUAAAUCCGGGGGACAAAAUCCUAACAAAGUCCGGGGGACUCUGUAAGUGUGCGGCGUACUCGACAUCUUGAAAAGGCCAACACCGUCCCCCGGAUAAAUGCCUAGUAGUUAAAUGUACGAUUUUACCUGACAGUGUGAACCGCGACAAGAGCCGCGACAUGUUGAGAUCCAGCAUUGUCUCAGCAUGAUAGCAAAACUUCAUGAUUCUAUAGAUGAAAAACGCUCCUACUAAUACUAAUGUAUUUGUGUUAACCUUUAACAAUCUGCUAGCUGUGUGAUAUGAGGUUAUAAUGAAACCUUUUAUUUAGUACACUGGGGAGUGUCAAAAGCUUGAUAUACAUGUUGAAUGAUUCCUAUAGUCAUUGAAAAGAUCUUUCUGUAUUUGUUUUUUUUACAAUAUGACUUUGAGCAGGUCUUGUUCUGCAAACAACU